AUGGCGAGUACUGAGACUUUGGCGCAAAUGACGCCGCAGGACGUGAAGAUACCCCCGCGAGGUGAUGGCAUCCCCGACGAUGGUGGCUCUGAUCUGGGCGACUUUGUAACAACGGAGAAAGAAGAGGAUGAUGUGGAUGAUUACAGCGAGGACUGCUCUAGAUAUUGCAGUGAGGCGUCAUCAAGAGUCUUCUAUCCAGUCUGCAUAGGAGAAAUUCUCAAUGGCAGAUACCGCAUCGACCAUAAACUCGGACAUGGCGGCUUCUCUACCGUCUGGCUAGCCUACGACCUUGAAAAGCAGACGGACGUGGCCCUUAAAAUCACAGACUCGAGCGAGAUAGGCAAACAUGAAGCUCAGAUACACGAACAGAUUAUUUGGCGUGUCAAGGACACUUCCCAUCUUAUGAUCUGCCUGGGGACCUUUUCGCUCCAGGGCGAAGGUUCUAAUUGCCACCAGGUUCUGGUAUUUCCCUGGGUCGGUGAAUGCCUCUCUUAUGUUAAGAUUCAGAACAUGUCAAUGGCUUCACAUGUGACAGCCUACAACUGCUUCCAAGGCAUUUCUCCGUUCAAAAAUCAUACUAGGAAGUACAAGUAUGAACGACUUGGUCGCCCUCGUAAGCUGCCCAUCGAGACAUGGUAUAAAGAUAUCUGGAAACCGGGACAGCUAGUUACUCCAGUAACGGUUCCAGUGGACCUACAGGAAAACACAUUUUAUCUUGGAGACUUUAGCCUUGCCAUUAAUGUGGGCGAACCAGUAACGCCUGAACGAGAAGGCCGGCCACCCGUGAAAUAUUGCUCUCCAGAACGGCUUCAUGGCUUUCCACCCAGCACAGCCUGCGAUAUAUGGAGUUACAUGUGUGUAUUCUCUGAACUUUUCCUGGGUUUAACUUUUUUUGGACGCAUCUUUGGUGGUAGUGUGAUCCCAGGAAUAGUGAACAUCCUUGGGCCCCUACCUACGAGCUGGAAGGGACGUCAUUUUUGGGAGUAUGAGGACCGAUGGUAUGAUCAAGAUACAAAGCCAGAUCCCGAACUAACCCUCGAAGAAAAUAUGAAACUUCUCCGUAGCGACAUUGAUACAGCCGAGCUGGAGCUUGUCUCUUCAAUUUUCCGCCGAGGGUUUUGUCCUGACCCGAAGAAACGUCCAACCGCAGCUGAGCUUCUCCAGGACCCCCCAUUCAAAGCUCUGAUGGACAGGUACACUUGA